CUGUUGUGGGCGCGAAAAUCACACUAGACACGUGUAGUUUACAAUACAAAUUACAAAUAAAUUUGAAUGCAGUUUACUGUUUAGUUCCAAAGUUUUUUAUGUUAAAAAGUAACGACAGAAGUAUAUGAUAAAUAAUAAUAAUUCGCAGAGUAUAUUUUUCACAUUUGUUCUGCAUAGACCGGACUUGAAUAAAUUAAUAACAAGGAAUGCCUUCCAUUUAGCUUAGUAUACGUUUUAAUUUAAUUAGCCUUCUGGAUGUGAAAUUUUUUUUUUUAAAUUAUUAAUUCAAUCAACUCAGUUCCGGUGGUCAAAAUUAUUCCCCAAUAAUUAUUUAAAUUUUGUGUGUUGAAAAAUAUCUAUGCAUCAUGAAGAGUGUACGUGUGUUGUUUCGUCCAGUGUCUACCGAAUCCAAAAGCGAUUUAGGUGUUCUGUUUAAGAAAAUGAACAGAGAUAGCAAGCUAAUGUUUGGAGAUCUUUUGGAAACUAGCAAAAUAAAAAAGAAACGUAUAUAUGCUACAAGUCGUAUACAAACCGAUAACAAACAAAAAAACGACGACUUCCUUAAGAACAUACAGUCAAACAUUAGUAUUUCGAAAAGUAACGAUCUAAAAAACCAUUGCAGUUUCGUAAAUGAUUCGAAGCAAUUGUUAAUCGAAGAAGACCGCUGCAGCUUUGCUCAGCUGUGUGAUACGACAGGAGAAAAUGUUUCAAACUACAAAUUUCCUUCCGUUACAUACAUCCUUAAUGAGACAAUGUCAGAAAAGUCGAGGGCUGCAUUGGAAAACUGGAAGAAGGGCAUGAUUGAAAAAUUAGGAGAAGAAGGGUUUAUCAAAUUUAACAGAGAACAAAUGGACAUGGGCAGUCAGAUGCAUAGUAAAAUUCAGUCAUACCUAUUGGACCAAGAACCCUCUAUUAGUAGUUAUACCGAAGUUGAAAACUGUUGGAAAAGUUUGGAAUGCGUCAUUCCGAAUAUUUCAUCAGCAGUAUUAGUGGAAAAAAUGGUGGUACACAACGAUCUCGAGUACAAGGGUAUAGUCGAUUGCGUUGCGUUUUAUAGAAACACACCAGUGGUAAUAGAAUGGAAAAAAUCAUCUCGGCCCAAACCUAGUUUGUACUCUACCUUCGAUGCUCCCAUCCAAUUAGCUGCGUACAUGGGCGCCGUGAACAACGACCCUUCGUAUAGUUUUAAAGUUGAAGAAGGCUUAGUCGUUAUCGCAUACAGUGACGGUCAUCCGGCCAAUGUAUUUAAACUGACCAAAGAAUUAUGCCUUACUUAUUGGUCCGCUUGGAUACAACGACUAAAUACAUUCAAACAAAGUCGUGGUAAUAAUGUUUUGUGAUUGUAUUAUAGUAGUAGUGAGUUUAGACAGAUAAAUGUAUACAGGAAAACCGAUCAUUCCGGUUUGCUCUCUUCCGACUCUUCGGGUACUUUGACUUUCUCUGCCAUUUCCACAAACUUUUUACCGAGUCUAAAUGUUAAAAAAAAAUAUAUGUGAUAAUUUCUUACAGAUAGUUAAUAGUACUGAUUUCAAUAGUAAAAAACGUAGUAUGUAUUAACUACAGAGAAUGACAUAAUUCAAUUUAUGUAAUUGUUUACAAAAAGGAAGUAAAUAUAAAAUAAUUAAUGU